AUGGACUACAUCCAGACCAAAUACUGUAUAGUGCAACUGCUGCCUGUUGAAGGAGAAUUACUGACAGACUGCAUGGGUAAAGUCGUAGUGACAGCAGUAACGAAAGAGAGAGUACGAAGUACUGCAAUAGUAUUUGCAGAAGAAACAAAUUCAGGACAAGUACUGAGAUGUGAUGUUAUUGUUGACGUUAUUUCUUCACUGGCGAUUGUAACAACAACAAGAGAGCUGUUCCGAGAGGAAGCACCAGAAGCAUUUGAAGCCAGAGCAUACGAUGACCAGGGUAAUGAGUUCACAACAUUGGAAGGAGUUGAAUUUGAAUGGUCUGUUAUAAAUUGGAAUCAACAGCCGGGUAGUCAUGAAACAACCCAGAAUAAUGUGUUAAGAUUCAUUACUUUCAAAGACUCUCCAUAUGAGACGCCAAGCACUGUAAUGGCACUUGAUAACCGUGGUCUUCAGGGACAUAUUGUACUAAUGGAAGGACUGAAAACAGGUUCAGCAAAGAUAUCUGUACGUCUGCCACAGGAAGAGUAUAGCAAUAUACCACCUAUUCAAGUAGAACUUAUGAUUGUGGCUAAUUUAUUAAUAAUGCCUUCCGAUGCAUACAUACUUACUGGAGAUUCUGUGAAAUUCCACAUUUACCAGAUUCAGCAUGGUAAACUUGAAGAAAUAAUAAAUUCACAGCAGUAUUAUUUGGAGAUGGAGGAUCAUAGCAUCGCUUCAUUAGAUAAGAGGACAAAUAUUGUGACAGGAAAAAAACUAGGAAGGACUAAAGUGUUGCUACAUGACCGCAAUGUGAAUGAGAAAGAGACUGGUAUAAAGAUACCAAGUGCAAGUUUGACCGUAGCAAGUCCUGCUUACAUCAAGCUAGACAUUUUACCUCAUCACAACUGGGCAGUUAUAGUAGAGGAUUACUAUGAAAUUGUAGUUGAGGUGUAUGACAAAGAGAACCACAGACUGAGCAUUGGUGAUGGUGUAGAAGUGGCUACUUUGAUACCUGAAGCAUAUUUUGAAAUACAAACAAAAUCUAAUAAUGGAACAUAUGUUUAUGCUAUAACGAGCGCCCGUGGGAAACGAGACAGGUCGGAGAGCGAGCAGUGCGGGCGCAAGAUGCUGCGACUGAGGCAGCCCGCGUUUAGGUUUUUCUGCUCCAUGCUGCCAACGCGGCGCCCCAUUUGA